AUGGAGCAACAGGAUCAGAUCAAGAAGGAAGGGAGGCUGACGCUUGUGCUCGCCCUGGCCACCCUGAUAGCUGCCUUUGGGUCGUCCUUCCAGUAUGGGUACAACGUGGCUGCUGUCAACUCCCCAGCAGAGUUAAUGAAACAAUUUUACAAUGAGACCAACUAUGACAGAACUGGUGAAUUCAUGGACGACAUCCCCCUGACGCUGCUGUGGUCUGUAACUGUGUCCCUGUUUCCCUUUGGAGGUUUUGUUGGAUCCCUCCUGGUUGGCCCCUUGGUGAAUAAAUUAGGCAGAAAAGGGGCCUUGCUGUUCAACAACAUAUUUUCCAUCGUGCCUGCGAUCUUGAUGGGAUGCAGCAAAGUCGCCGGAUCAUUUGAGCUCAUAAUUGUUUCCAGACUUUUGGUGGGAAUAUGUGCAGGUGUGUCUUCCAACGUUGUCCCCAUGUACUUAGGGGAGCUGGCCCCUAAAAAUCUGAGGGGGGCGCUUGGAGUGGUCCCCCAGCUCUUGAUCACUGUUGGCAUCCUUGUGGCCCAAAUCUUUGGUCUUCGAAGUCUCCUCGCAAACGAUAAAGGCUGGCCGAUCCUGCUGGGGCUGACCGGGGUCCCCGCGGCGCUGCAGCUCCUGCUGCUGCCCUGGUUCCCCGAGAGCCCGCGCUACCUGCUGAUCCAGAAGAAGGACGAGGCGGCGGCGGGCACGGCUCUGCGGACGCUGCGCGGCUGGGACGCGGUGGACGCGGAGCUGGCGGAGAUCCGGCGGGAGGACGAGGCGGAGCGCGCGGCGGGCUUCGUGUCGGUGUCGCAGCUGUGCGGCUCGCGGGCCCUGCGCUGGCAGCUCGUGUCCACCGUCGUGCUCAUGGCCGGCCAGCAGCUGUCGGGGGUGAACGCGAUCUUCUACUACGCCGACCAGAUCUACCUGAGCGCCGGCGUGAGCGAGACGGACGUCCAGUACGCGACGGUCGGCACCGGGGCUGUCGACGUGGUCAUGACCCUCUGCGCCGUGUUGGUGGUGGAGCUCCUGGGCAGGAGGCUCCUGCUGCUCCUGGGCUUCACCGUGUGCUUCGUAGCCUGCUGCGUGCUCACGGCCGCGCUGGCCCUGCAGGACACAGUCACCUGGAUGCCUUACGUCAGCAUUGUCUGUGUCAUCUCCUACGUCAUAGGACAUGCCCUUGGGCCCAGUCCCAUCCCGGCGCUGUUCAUCACCGAGAUCUUCCUGCAGUCCUCCCGGCCGGCCGCCUUCAUGGUGGGGGGCAGCGUCCACUGGCUCUGCAACUUCGCCGUGGGCCUGGUCUUCCCAUUCAUCCAAAAGGGCCUUGGCCCCUACAGCUUCAUCAUCUUUGCUGUGAUAUGUCUCCUCACCACCAUCUACACCUUCAUGAUUGUCCCCGAGACCAAGGCCAAGACAUUCAUUGAGAUCAGUAAGAUUUUCACCAAGAUGAACAAGGUGUCAGGCACCCACCCAGAAAAGGAGGAACUGAGAGUCUUUCCACCUGUCGUUACAGAACAGUAGCUCAGGGGAGAGGAGCCUGUCUAGUGGCUCUGUGUGGAGCUUCCCCUCUGGCCUUUUUUUUCUGACUUCUAGUUGUCUGAAUAUCCAGAAAUAAGACAAGCUGGUGUCAAACACCAUCCUCCUCUCUGGCCUCCCCGCCCAGAGGGGACUAUCCAAAGGGCUUCUGUGCUAUUCUGAGAGCUGGACUGGUCCGUCACCGGCCCUGAAUCAAGUGAACAGCUGUCUCUCAACCCUGCUGGGCUGGCCAUCGUGUGGCUCCUGGUAACACAGCUUUUAUAACAAAGAUAGUUACUAUGGUGGCAAGAAAGAAGGAAUCAGAUUUUUCCAGAGAAACUAACUCUUCUCUGUGGCCCCCAUGGGUGCUCUGAGAGCCAUGGGCAUUUGUCUAGAGCUGAAUUCAUCCUCUUAUCAGAUCUUGUUCCAAAAAUAUUGUCUUGGAAAGUGUGAUGUCAAACAUAGUGACAUCCAGAAAGCUGAGGUACAGGUCCCUGUGGAGACAUUAACUGAGCCAGAAUUAUUAAUCAUAAAUUAUAUUGUUAGUGGACAAUGGACUUGCUUCUGUAUAGCCAAUAAAACAAACCUGAUCACUUUUCA